CCGUUUCCGCCUCUUCCUCCUUUUUCGGCAGCGGCUACUAACUCGCCAACAUGCCACUUGCUAAAGACUUGUUGCACCCGUCCCCCGAGGAAGAGAAGAGGAGGCACAAAAAGAAGCGUCUGGUCCAGAGCCCCAACUCCUACUUCAUGGAUGUCAAGUGUCCAGGAUGCUACAAGAUCACCACAGUGUUCAGCCACGCUCAGACCGUGGUGCUGUGUGUGGGCUGCUCCACAGUGCUGUGUCAGCCCACUGGUGGGAAAGCACGUCUCACAGAAGGAUGCUCAUUCAGGAGGAAGCAGCAUUAGCUUCAUCAGCGUCCGCAGAGGAGAGAGGUGGGGUUGGACCGCAGGACUUCAGUGACUCCCAUUUGGCCGCGACGGCGUCUCCGACGCCGAACGCUCAGAGCCAGGCUGAGAAGAAAAGGCUGCAAAGCAUCGAGGCUGCAGUCCGAGCUGAGAAGAUCCAAACUGGACUGACUGAUGUGCUGUAACCCCCAACCCAUGAAGCCUUUCUCAAUAAAAAUGUGUUUUCAUUAAACGAACAGCAA